AUGAAUAAUUUUAUUAACAAUAAUAGUGAAGUUAAUAAUGCAUUUAAUAAUGAGAUUAAUGAAGAGUAUAUGGAUGUUGAUAUAGACUCAAUAGACUUAAUGGAUGAAAAACAAAUUAAAAAAAUCUCUAAAUCAUUCAAAUUGGUAUUUAAAAAAGAAAAGAAAUCAGCAAUAGUUCAAAAAAUAAAAGAUGCUAUAAUAUCUAGAAAGAUGAAAUAUAAUAACAAUAGUAGCAAUGAUAAUAAUAGUAGUUUAAAUAAUAAUGAUAAUAAUAAUAAUACUAUAAAUAUUAAUAAUUUAAAUAACAAUAAUAAUAAUAAUAAUGACAAACAAGAAACCACACCAAAUGGCGAAAAGUUGUUUUGGAAGGUUUUUAAAAAUAAAUAUUUAUUUAAAAAGAUAAUGUCAAAUAUGAAUGAAUCAGCUAUACCUUGGCACGCAAUUUAUUCUCAUAGAUUUAUGUUUAGGCAAAAGAUGUAUGAAGUAUUUAAAUUCAAAGUUAAACGUGGUGAAUAUAUUGCAUUUGAUAACUAUAUGAAUUCAAUUUAUCAAGAAAUCCAAGAUGACGAAGAAUUUUACAGAGCUUUUUUUAAUAACUAUCCAGAAUAUUUUGAACAUUAUGGUAAAGCAUUUCACCAGGCUAUCGAUGGUGAUUGUUUAGUUGCCAUUAAAGCUAUUGUUCAAGAUUCCUUGUUUAUACCAACUUUAAACACACUAUUAAAAGCGAUUUCAAGACACAGAUUCAAGGUUGUAAAGUAUUUAUUACAACCACAGUUCCAACUUGCACAUCAAAUCACUGAGGAAAUGGUUUGUGACGAAGUAUUUUCAAGUAGAGAUAUAAAUACAUUCGAGAUAAUCAAUUACUUUAUAGAAUUGAAAAUUAUAACUGGUGACAAAAAAAUUCGUCAAUUUAUUCAAAAAACACACAAAGAUUUUUUUAUUAGUUUAGCUCCACAUUUAUAUUCUUUUUCAGUAAAACUAAGGGUGGUUUUAAAUCUAUGUAAAUUUAUACAUGUGUUUAAUAUUCCACUUAAUACUCAAAAUCAACCUCAGUAUCAUCAAGAACCAAAUAUUUUAAUAUCAUACGAUGAAAUUUUAAAAUUAUAUUUUACCGAUGAACAAUUGGAAUCAGGUUUAGAUAGUCCAAUAAAUUAUAAUAAUAAAGAAUCUAGGGAAUCAAUUAUUAAACUUGUAAAUUUAGUGCACUGUGUGGAUGGAUUGGGGAAAAUAUUUGGAAGAAAGUUUGCAUUACUGUAUUUAUAUCAAGCAGAUAUUGAUCUACUGAUAAAGUCAAACCAUCUUAACAGUUUUAUUGAUAAUCAGCGACUACUAACGAAAUCUUUUCAAUUUGGAUGUUUUAACUUGUUUGUAAUGGGCUGUGAAUACCAUAGAAACUUUUUCUGUUAUGAAACUUUCGAGUUGUUUAAAUUUUGUCCAAAUAAAGAAAAGCAAGUUGAAUUCCUCACGUCAUUGAUAAAGGGCUAUAAAGAGAAUCCACUAUUCAAAAAAGUAGUAUCACCCGAGAGAUUAUUACAUCCCCUGUUUGGGUAUGGAGAUUUGGAUUCAGUAAAAUUGGUUUUCAAAGAUUUAAUAGAAAUAAUAGAAGGAAAUCAAGGUGAAUUCGAUAUUGGGGAAUUGGGUAUCAUCAAAUCUACCGAAAUAUUAGAUUAUAUAUUUUAUAAUUAUAACAAAUAUUUCAUAUUCAAUGAAAAUAGGAAAACAACAUUAUAUUUAUUUGGUUUCAAAAUGAUCAAAUAUUACAAUCAACUAGUCCGAUCCUACAGCAAUCAAUUAAGAGCAAAUGGUGUCGAAACAAUUCCCGAAUUUAUAAAAGGUGUAAAUAAUCUAGAUCAUGAUAACUAUGGACUAAAAGACGAAUUCAAUUUGCAAGACAGCCAAAUAACCAGUGAAAUCACCAAAAACACGCAUAAAAUAAAAGAAAUAACAGAACAAUAUUUGAUAAGAGGAAAUGAUAAAGCCAUAAUCAAGUUAAUUGAAGCUGUAUUUGUGCACAAACACAAGGACUAUAAAGAAUCAAUAGAACAUAUAAUAAACAAAGUAGUUCAAAAACAUUCACUAUCAGCACUAAAUGAAAUCCUAGCUUCCUAUCCCGAUAUAUUCAAUACCAGUCUAGGGGUUGCCACAUUCACUAAACAACAAGUUUUUCGUUUUCUUGAAACCUCAAUAAAAGCUAAUUUUUUAAAGGGUUCCGAAAUUUUAUUUCAAAAGAUUAAACUAUCAAAAAAACAAUUUUUAUAUUUGGAAUUUAAUAAUCCAACUUUUAAUUAUUUAAAUUUUAAAUAUUUAAAAUAUUAA